AUGGCUAGAUUACUUAAGAUGCAGAUACAGGGAAUCCGAAGCUUUGGUCCGAACGACAGUGAUCAGCAGAUGAUUACGUUUCAAUCACCUGUGACGCUGAUAUUAGGGCAGAACGGAUGUGGUAAGACGACGACAAUUGAAGCCCUGAAGUAUGCAGCUACAGGUGAGGUGCCAGCAGGAACUAAACAAGGGCAGUCGUUUGUUCAUGACCCGAAGAUGGCUCGUCAGCCAGAGACAAGGGGCCAAAUAAAAUUGUUGAUGGCUGAUCGCAAAGGCGAAGAAGUUGUCAUCACACGUACGUUACAAACAACACAGAAGGCAAAAAAUUUGCAAUUGAAAACACUGGAUCCAGUAAUUCAUAGGAAGAAGUCUAGUGGUGAAGUUGUACAGGUUGGUGGACGGUGCAUUGAUGUAAAUUUAGAAAUGUCUCAUGUUUUUGGUGUAUCAAAAGCUGUUCUGAGCAAUGUUAUAUUUUGCCAUCAAGAAGAUUCUAACUGGCCAAUGGAUGAGGGAAAGAAACUCAAGGAGAAGUUUGAUUCCAUAUUCGAUGCAACAAAACUUAAUAAAUGUUUGGAACACAUCAGAGAUCUUAGGAAAGCAGUAAAUACAGAAAUCAGCACUGAUGAGAAACUUCUGAAAUCACAACAAGAGAUAAAAGAUGAGACUGUUUCAAAAAAGAAGGAUUUACAAGAGGCAGAGAGUCGUCUGGCAGUAACUCAGGACAAAAUAGAUAACUUGAGCGAUAAACUAUCACCUUUGCUAGAAAAACUAGAUGAAAUUUGUGAUGUGGAAAAGGAUUUCCUUCAGCUCACCAGGGAGAAAGAAAGAGCUGAAGACAAGAUGAAAAUACUAGAAUCGCAACAAUCAGAUUUAAAGAAGAAUAUUAAGGAAGUGCUUGAGUGGAAAACUUUAGAAGAAAUAACUGAUUUAAUCAACAGUUUUAAAACUGAAGCAAGGAACUGGCAGGAGCACUUGAAAUCUAUGGAGAUUGAACUUCAGCAGAUAUCUAGGGAUGAGGAGCGAGUAUUGGAAGAAACAAGCCAAGAGCAGAUGACUCUUGGAAAACUUCAGAAAGAGGAAGAAGAUCAUAAUACUCGAAUAGAUGCACGCAAUAAGAAUCUACAGAGAUUGGCAGAAACAUUUCAAAUAAGAGUAAAAGAAGAUACAUUUUCUUCAGAAGUUCUUGUCUCAAAUUUAAUGCAUCAAGUCGACGAUAAAAUAAGAGAGUCAAAGGUACAGUUUGAGCAGUUACGGAACAGGUUUCAAAGAGAAGAGCAGGAACUCCAAAGUAAAAUAGACAUUGCUAGAGACACUAAAGCAAAGCUAGAGCAGGAAAUCACCUCAAAAAAACGACAAGCAGAAGAUAAUAAAGCUGAAGAAUGGAGUGUCAAAACAGAAAUUGAAGAUAUAGAGAAAUCUGGUGAAGAACUUGUCAAAUUAGGAAGAGAACUGGAGCAAGCAAAAACUAACUGGGAAACUGCUUGUCAAGAACUUGAUGAAGAACAGCUGAAAAAAGAAAUUAGAGAUCAGCACCAAGAGAGCAACAGGCUGGAUGAUAAGCUAGUUAUUGUGGAUAAAGAAGUUCAGACAUUGCAGCUGUUGAGUAGUGAGCAGGCACAGCUUGAUAUCCAGAACAAACUGAAGGCAUCUAAGGAGUCCGAACUCAAAAAACUAAAGAACAAACACAAUGAAGCACUGCGCCACCUUUUGUUUACAGUGCCACAACAAAAUUUGAAACAUGACUUGGAUGCUUGCAUGCUUCAACUGACUCGUCAGAUCAACAACAUCAAUGAGAAGAUAAAUAGUAAGCAGAAUGAGGCGGCUGCACUUGAAGUGAAACGAGCCCAUCACAAGGAGCAGUUGGAUUUGAAAGAAAGAGAGCUGCGAAAAUUUGAAGAAGAAAUAUAUGAUUUGUGUGGCAGGCAAGAUUUUGAUGAGUACAUACAAAGUGUUUCUGAUAGAAUACAAGAACUGCAGGACCAAAAAGGAACGCUCAGUGCUUCGGAAUACAUGUUCCGUCGCUACAUUCAGAAACUGGAACAGGAAGAUCCUUGCUGUCCAUUGUGUCAUAGGGAGUUUGAAGCCGCUUCUGAAGCUGCUGAACUUGCAUAUGAACUGAGUAAUAAAGUCAGUGAAGUCCCAGCACGCCUUCAGGACAAUAAGAAAGAACUAGAAAAUAAGCUAAAGGAAUAUGAUAAACUUUUGCAAAUGAAACCUGCUUAUGAAAGAACUGAUAUCAUGCGCACCAAGGAGAUACCAGAAAUGAAAGAGUCACUUCAUCAAACAGAAGAGGCUUUAGAUGCAGCUCGGAAACAGAUUAAAGAUUUGAAGGAGCAGUUACUGGGUCCAAAAGCAAAGGAGCAGAUGGCAAAGGAUAUCCAAGGAGAUGUAGUCCGCAUUGAUCAGUUGCAGACAGAACUGCGCCGCAUAGACAAAGAAAUUCAGGAGCUGCAGUCUAAGAUGCCCACAGGAUCGUCACGCUCCAUGGAGGAAGCCCUGGCAGAGCAGGAGGAGCUUCGAGCACAAGUCAGUGCUAUUCAGCGUGCACUCCACAUGAAGCAGGAGUCACUGAGAAGGCAUUCAGAGAGAGUCAACCAGCUGAGGGAGCGCAAAAAUGUACUUAUGGAAAAGAAAUUGAAGCUCGAAAGUGGACAGCAGAAACGUCGACAACUGGAGGAACGUUUGCAGGAGUUGCAAAGUAUGCAUGUGAUGAUACAGUCAGAAAUUGAGGUGCUCGAGACCCGACUUCAAGAAGCUAGAGAGACACUUGAUUCUGCAGUGCAGUCAAAAAAUAUUAGAGUUACAGAAAAUCGAAAAAAUGUAGAUCAGGGACAAAAUAAGAUUGUUGAGCAAGGAAGGAAACAUGAUGAAAUUUGUAAUUGGCAUAAUAGCAUUCAACGGUAUGAACAGAGCGGCAUGAAAGAGAAACUUACGUCAGUUCAAGAAAGAUUGAUAGAACUGGACUCUAAAAAGGAGACCCUUGCAGAUAAAAACAGAAGAACGUGUGAAAACAUUGAUAAGCUUAAAGAAAAAAUUUCAAAUCAGCAGCUGAAAGCAAGAGAACUUGAAGAUAACAAAAUAUUGAAGGAGAAACAGGUAGAAGCUGAAGAACUGAAGAGUGUAAUAGAUAAAGUAAAACAGCGCCUUGGUAAGUUCCAAGUGAAAACCAUUGAAGAAGAGAAAAGUCGUCUCUGCAGAGAAAUUUCAGCUGUCAAAGAGGAGAAAUCAAUUUCAGAAGGACGAUUUAAGGAAUUAAGAGAUAGUGUGAAUACUCUGCGACGAGAUCUAAAUAAGGACAUAUAUAAAAAUGCAGAAAAAAAAUACAAUGAUCUGCAGCGACGAAUUAAGGUAAACCAGCUAGCAUCAGCUGAUCUGAACAAAUACUUUGUCGCUUUGGAUUGGUCACUCAUUUACUUUCAUCAGGAGCGCAUGAGGAAGAUUAAUACGAUUAUAAGAGAACUGUGGCGAAAAAUCUAUCGUGGGAAUGAUAUUGAUUAUAUAGAAAUUAAAACAGAUGCUCCUGAAACCACGAGUGCAGACAAGAAGCGAACAUUCAACUAUCGGGUUGUUCAGGUGAAGAAUGAUGUUGAGAUUGAUAUGAAGGGACGCUGCAGUGCUGGGCAGAAGGUUCUAGCGUCGCUUGUUAUCCGAAUUGCUUUGGCAGAAAUUCUAAGUAUUAAUUGUGGAAUCUUAGCUCUGGAUGAACCAACCACAAAUUUGGAUAGGGAGAACAUAGACAGUCUUGGAGAAACUCUCACAGACCUUAUAAAUUUAAGGAGGGAGAACAAGAAUUUUCAGCUCAUACUGAUAACACACGAUGAAGACUUCUUGGAUCUUUCAUCCAGUCCGUCGCCCGGUCGUUCCGAUCGGCACGUCCCACCGUCCCAGUCACCAACGGACGGUACAGACGUCCCAUCUGACAACCUUGCCGCCGAACAGGCUCCCGCACCGGACGCUGAGGAGACCAGUACAUCUUCACAACACCGGUUUGACAAUUUCAUUGUACCCACCGACGCCUUCGAACCAGGUCGACGCUCCUCCUUGCCGUCGUCCGACACUGAGGAACACGUGCGCAAACAACGCUCGCCACGUAGGCGCAAACGCCGUCGCCGUUCACCCACGGGCUCUCAGAGCGUUGCCACCCGCGACGACGAAGACGACACCCAAGCAGCCGACAUUUCCACGCAGAGGUCGGCGGACAACUUUCACGAUGAACAAGACGUUUCGCAGGACGGGACCACUAUGGAGGUCGCCACGCACAAUGUAACGAUCGGUGCGCCGGUUGAGACGCCUGUCUCCCCGCCGACAACUCCAGAUCUCUCUCACCACGACGCAAUUCCCAUGGACAUUGGCCAGACCCACGGCACAGGAGCAUGGGCCGACGACAUUGAGGAAGGUACGCCCCCUCCUCCGGAUGAGUUACCUCCGCCGGACGAGGCUACCUGUUAA